AUGUCCGGAAGCAGGUCUUCUACUUUGUCAAGCAGCCCACCCAUCAUGUCCUUUCAAGAUCUAUGCCGAGAUGGAGAUGUCAUUCUCAUUCUGGUUCCAAUUUCAAGUGGAGCCACAUCUGCCGUGCAGCUACCUGAGAACAGACUGCGCUUCCAACCGCGAUUGAAUCGAAUGCUGGAGUUAUCAGCAGAGAACAGGUCGUCCAGAGACGAUCGUGCCUCAACUGCACCUCCUGACGAUGUGGCUACUGUCGAAAACACCGAUUCCUUUGUGCUUAGAUUCAGCCAUGGUGCCAAGAAUGCACGUGGAGUGAUCAUGGGCCGAAGCCUGUCCGCCGACCUGUUGAUCACUGGCAAAGGUAUUAGCACCAUGCACGCUGUGUUCAAUUUUAACGAACGCGGUAUACCCUUCGUUCAGGAUCUUGGCUCAAGAUUUGGCACGAGAGUAAUUUACCCGAACGACCAAUCAAACCUAAAAGGCUUCAGGAAGGGGGGAAAACCAUGGCUGCUGACCGGGCCUCCGAUCUUAAAUAAGAUAAGAGAUCCUGCGCAGCGAGACCCCAUACUUUACCUUGCACCGAACAUGGCGUUUCGGGUUCACUUGCCCUAUAAUCAAGACCGCGAUCAUCCCGAUUGGCGCGCCCGGGUCAACAUCUUUCGGGAGAGGCAUGCCGAACCGAGCUCUCUUUUCGGUCAACUCGAUAUAGGAUCCGCAAGUACGACACAGCCUGCCACUGGUCAAGUUUCUCCAGCCCAAGGGCCCGGAGUGAUCUUUCGGUCGGUCGCUGGGAGAGGGAUCUUCGGGGUAGUAACCUACGUCUGGAACUCUUCUACCAAUGAAGAGCAUGCAGAGAAAAGGCCGUUCGUGGAUGAACACAAACUGGCCGUACUUCGCGACGAGGUCCGGAUUCUACAAGGUCUCGAUCAUCCCAACAUUGUCAAGUACAAGAAUUUUUUCGAAUACCCGAAGCCCACUCUAGUGAUGGAAUGGGUUCACGGGAAGCCUCUCAGCACUGAUCCACCGCAAACAACCAGGGAGGUCGUACACGUCCUGCAUCAAUUAUGCUUGGCGCUUGAAUAUCUAGAUGCUUGCGAACCCCCCGUCGCCCAUCGAGACAUCAAGGGAGACAAUGUCAUGGUCACAUACCACGGGCCCGACCACAUGAGCGUCAAACUCAUCGACUUCGGUUUGGCGAAGGCAGCCGAGGUGUUGACAAGCUAUUGCGGCAAUCUCGUGGGCAGUGCGCCUGAGGUAUUCUUGCCAGAAGAGCACCGCAAGUACAACCAUCGUGUUGACAUCUGGAGUACGGGUGUUUUGAUAGCUGAGAUCAUAUACCCCUGGCCUAUGCGUCGUGCCAAUUACAUGGAAACUCCGCAAGCCUGGUGCGCUGCCCUUAUCGAGUUCCUUCAAGAGCAACCUCGCGAUGAUGUCAUCUUCUUCGUGCUCGACAACAUGCUCAUAAUAGACCAAGAAGAGCGGUCGACAGCCGAUUAUCUUGCGAAGGAAUCCAAGAAGCUAUUCGAACUCCCAAACAAGACACUUCGAACCUCGGCUGAGGAUGUUGUUACUACCGACUUUGACUCCGAAGCGGGCACCUUUCGACUCCUACCGAACACUGUACUGUCCGACGAUAUACAGCCCAAGGAUGCCCUUGUGAGACUCCAGUCAACCAUAGAGGGAGCCCCGGAAUCAUGGAUUGCCAGCGAUCACCCUCAGUCGAUUACAGAUGAAUCAUCGUUUGCUAGCAAUCCUUCUCAGGCGAGCACCCCGCGAGCGCCACAGAGCCCGAGCCCUAGACCUCAUAGUCCGUGGGAGAAGUCUAGUUUGCUUAAGGAGCGCCUCCUUGAUGAGCUUGCGGAUUUGGAAAAGCGAAAAGCUGAAGAGGCGAGUCCUCGCAUGAGUACUGAGGCCUCAGCAACAUUGUUCAAUACAACAAGCGAAGUCGAAGCCGACAAACGCCUUCUACCAGCAGGCCGCAAGCGGAUGAGGUCGCAAGAAUGA